GGAGGAGUGAAAUGACCCAAUUGUGGAUAAAGAUUUGAAAUGCGGGGUCUUCCUGCAGGGAACAGGAGAAGUCCCAUUCGGCACUGGCGCUGCAUUUUCUUUGUCGCCAUCAUCAAAGCAAACGUUCUCCUUGUUGUUCCCCUCGCUGCAGCUACGGUUGUGUUUGAGGUCGGUGAGGGGAUUGACAUAGAGGGAAUUGUAUGGAGCUUGGGGCUGCAUUGCUGUAGGCUUCUUGGAAGCAAUCGUUUUCGAGGAAGCCAUGAUUUUAAGUCUUCUGGGAUUUGAAUGCUGGAUAGUGAGUGGAUAUGUUGGGCUGUUUUUGGGAAAGAUUAAGAUUCAGAAUUCAUCAGAUUUCUUGAAGGGAUCGAGAAAGAGAUUUGAGGGGCAGCAUUGAGAGGAAGUGAAGUGAUGAGGAAAUGGGUGUUUUUGAAUUUG